CUGUCUACGACAGCAGAUUAUUGUGACGAAUGUUGACAAUUUGACACUUGCGCGAGAUUACGAAUUAUUAUUGUUUUGAAUAUAUUGUAAUAUUAAGCAUUCUGAAAAAUUGUGGGUGUAAUUUGUUUGAUUCAAUUAAAAUAACAUUUGAAAUAAUAUUCAGUGCAACAACUCAUAUUAACUGUCUGAAUAAUGACAACUGCUGUUACUAGUUCCCAAAAAAAGAACGUGAAUUCCAACAAUGCCCAGCCCGGUGGAGUGCGUAAGAAAUCGGGGCCUAAGUUCGAACUGUCGGAAGAGCAAAAAAGAGAUAUAAAAGAAGCUUUUGAUUUAUUUGACACUGAAAAUACAGGCAAAAUUGACACGAAGGAGCUGAAGGUCGCUAUUAGAGCUCUUGGGUUUGAACCUAAAAAAGAAGAGAUCAAGAAAAUGAUUGCAGAAAUUGAUAAAGGUGAUGGAAAAGUUUCAUUUGAAGAUUUUAUGGAUUUAAUGACUGUGAAAAUGGCAGAAAAGGAUACAAAAGAAGAGAUUAUGAAAGCUUUUAAAUUAUUUGAUGAUGAUGAAACAGGUAAAAUUUCAUUUAAGAAUCUAAAACGAGUGGCACGGGAAUUAGGUGAGACAUUAACCGACGAGGAAUUGCAUGAAAUGAUUGAUGAAGCUGAUAGAGAUGGUGAUGGUGAAAUAAACCAAGAAGAAUUUUUAAGAAUAAUGAAGAAAACUAGCCUCUAUUAAUAAUUUAUAGAUUUUUCAAGAUCAAUUAAUAUAAUAUGCUUAAUUUUCUUGCACAAAAUGGAUCUGUUAUUAUGUAUUUUAUGUUAUAAAAAUAGUUUAUAAGUAUAACUCAAUAAGCGAUAUAUCCUACUAAUAACAGAUGAAGUGUAGCGUAAUAUCCUGGCUUUAAAUGAAUAUGAUCUGCAACAGUAUAUGUAUUGGUAUUAAAAUUAACAUUUUCACUGCCGUUUACCUGAAUUCAUAUCUAAACAAGUUAAAAUAAUAAAAUUUGUAGCAUUCUUAUUUUAAAAAAUAAUUCCUCCAUAUCUUUUUUCUAUAUUUGUAAUUAAAAAAAACCUAACAUUAAAUAUUAUUAUGUUCCGAACUAAUGUGGUGCGACGCCGGUUUCGGACACAGACUGUUAGAAAUUCAUCACGCUGAUAUAUUCUAAAAUAUAUGUUUGUUUUGGUUCCGCAUCUGUCAUAGUUUUAGUAGAUCAGCUUAGCAGUGAAACUGUUUGAACUUAUAUUUAUUAAUAUUAUUUCUGAUAGUAUUGCUUCCUUUUUAAGAUUUUUCAUCAGAUCAACAUAAUUACUUCUUUUUACAAGAAUUUCCUGUGCUCUGUGGUUAUUAAUCUAAUAUUAAGUCUGUAUUGUUUAAGAAUCUAUCACUGCACCAAACUGUUGUCUAGUCAUAUCCUGGACAUAUGACUGAUAUUGUAAAACUCAAUUUCAAAGUAUUUUACUAUUAUAAAAUAAAAGCCUAUAAAACUUGAAAUUUUUAAUUAUAUUAUAAAAAGUCUAUUUUAAUUAAAGUUAUGAAUGACUUAAAGUGUAGUUUUACUAA